AUGAAGUGUUUGGGUGGAUUGAGUAAUAGCAUAUUCACAGAACUGCUUGAAUUUGUGAAUGAGUUGCUCCCACCAGGAGCAUCAUUGCCUAAAAAUGCAUAUGAGGUGAAGAAGUAUAUGAAUGAGUUAGGACUUGGAUACGAGAAGAUAUUAGUAUGUCCCAAUGGUUGUAUGUUAUUUUGGAAGGACAAUGAGAAUUUGGAAACAUGCGUGGUAUGCAGAGCGUCAAAGUGGAAGCAAAAAGAGUCUAUGAAUGAUAUGUCUAAAAAAGGUAAAAGAAGUCCAGCGAAAAUAUUAAGGUGGUUUCCGUUAAAAACAAGGUUGCAAAGGCUUUUUAUGUCAUCGAAGACUUCUUCACAAAUGAAAUGGCAUGCUAUGGGCCGUACAAAUGAUGGGGUAUUAAGGCAUCCAGCAGAUGGCAUGGCCUGGAAGACGUUUGAUACACAACAUGAUGAUUUUGCCUCUGACCCCCGCAAUGUUAGGCUUGGUUUAUCUGCAGAUGGCUUUAAUCCUUUUGGGAACAUGAGCAUUUCUUAUAGUACUUGGCCGGUUAUGUUGGUACCUUACAAUUUACCUCCUUGGAUGUGCAUGAAACAAUCAAGUUUCAUGCUAUUGUUGAUUAUACCGGGACCAUCAUCACCUUCAAUGAAUAUAGAUGUAUACUUAGAGCCUCUAAUAUCAGAAUUAAAGGAAUUAUGGGAGGUUGGAGCACCAACCUAUGAUAUUUGCUCAAGAGAGAUCUUUACAAUGUGCGUAGCUUUAAUGUGGACGAUAAAUCAUUUUCCUAUGUAUGGUGAUUUUUCUGGGUGGAGUACGAAAGGUCGUUUAGCAUGUCCUAUUUGUAUGGGUAACACACGAUCUAGAUGGCUGAAACAUGGAAAAAAGUUUUCCUAUACGGGGCAUAGACGAUUCUUGCCAAGUAAUCAUAGGUGGAGAAUGAAGGCAAAAACAUUUGAUGGUACACGAGAAAUUGAUCCUUCACCUACUAUGCCAACACCUGAUGAAAUCUUGGAACAAUUAGAUGAUUUAAAUUAUGGUUAUUCUUCAAAUGUUUCACGUUGUGUCAAGCUUCAACACCGUACUAUAGUGGGCAUGAAGAGUCAUGAUUGCCAUAUACUGAUGCAACAGCUCCUGCCAAUUGCAUUACGUGGAUCAUUACCUAAGAAGUUGCAGAAUGUAAGCUUGGAGGACCCGUUCAUUAUCGAUGGAUGUAUCCCGUUGAAAGAAUCCGCUCUAACGGUUUUCAAUAGACCAUCUAGAAACCCGGAUGAUUCUAAAGGGAAAGUUGUUGACGUUCGCCUUGAUUUUAUGUCGUGGACCCAAGCACAUCGCUAUAUUCUCUUCAACUCUAACGAUUUCACUCCAUUCCGCAUGAUGCACUUGGAAAUAAUGAGGCAUACAGUUGAUGGGAAUCAUUUAUCGAAUGAUGAACUACAUAAGAGGCACGAAGACCAAUUUUGUAAUUGGUUCCAAGACUAUGUAAUGAAAAUGGAUGACAAUGGAAGAAGCAAAUUGGGUCAUAAAGUCGUAAUGCAUUCUAAAGGACCCAUGCGAGUUGCCAAAGAAUUUAAACGAAUUGUCAUCCAUGGCACAAAAUAUCGCACUAGGAAUCACGAAAAUGGGAAGAAAACUCAAAAUUGUGGUGUUAGUGUGUGUACUGAUCAAGAUGGCCCUGCUUGGUAUGGCCAAUUAACACGCAUAAUUGAGGUUAUGUAUUAUGAUGGGUCCCGAUAUAUGUUAUUCAAAUGUGAUUGGGCAGACGUUACUCGAGAUAGAGGUUUCAAGGAGGACGAGUUUGGCUUUACUAUUGUAAAUUUUUCUCAUCUAGUACACACUGGUAGUCGGAUAACUGAUGAUCCGUUUGUUUUAUCUUCUCAAGUAUCUCAAGUAUUUUAUGUGGUAGAUGAAAGAUGCCCAAAUUGGGUCGUCGUCGUUAAGACAAAACCAAGAGACGUGUAUGACACUAGUGAAGAGGAAGUGACUGACGAUGAUGAGGAUGAAUAUUUCGUCAAUGAAUAUUGUAUUAACACUUCCAACAAUGAAGCUAUUGAACUUGGUAUUGAUGAUGUUGUGUGGACGCGAAAUGACAUAGAUGGAAUGACAAUCGAAACUCGCUAA